AUGGCACCGGGUCAUUUGAUUGUUCUUCUAGCAUUUUUUCUCGUAUGCUCCUCUGCCACGGUUUGCAUGGGAGAGAAGUGGCCGUCACAAGCCUCUAGUUCUCUCUCGCAUCAGACAACAUCUGCCGAGUCUGAGAGAACUUUCAUCCAAUCUAGCCGUAAAGGCCAGCUUCUUUACGAUGAGCUUCUUCGUGCGGUAGAGUUCAAGGAAAGGGACCUAGAUCAUCACGACCAUCGAGGAUUACAAUUGCAUGCGUCAAAGAUUCAUCACAGUGGAGAGGGGCUUUUUCAUGAACAUGAAACCGACCCCACGCCUCAUCGGUUUUCACGAGCAGUUUCGUUGCUCGAAGUUAGCUUUGGGGAAGCUGAUGCCCUUCUCGCAUUCAAGGACGGGCUCGGGAACUAUUUGGAGGGUGCCUUGGAUGUUUGGACUCCCGACAAGCGAUCAGAGUACUGCUCGUGGACCAGAGUCACUUGCAAUCGUCAGCUGCAUGUUACUGCUCUCCACUUGUCUUCGCUGGAUUUGAUUGGCUCGUUGGGCUCUUCAUUGUGCAAUCUUACGUACCUGGAAGAGCUCCAUCUGGACCGAAACUUUCUGCAAAGCGAGAUUCCUCCGGAGUUAGGACGGCUCUCGAGGUUACGAAUCCUAAACCUGCAAGAAAAUCAGCUCUACGGAAGCAUUCCUAAAGAACUGGGAAAUCUGACAAGCCUGCAAGUACUUAACCUUGCCUCGCAGGGAUCGUGGUUCAAUGGAACGAUUCCAGAAGAGCUCGGGCAGCUCUCGCAAUUACGGUUUCUAAAUCUCGGAGUUGUGAAUAACACGUGGGAGAAAUACUAUUACUUUACCGGUACAAAUGAACUCAGAGGAACCAUUCCCAGGUCCCUAGGAAACUGCACAAAGUUGUGGUACUUGGAUUUCUACGGCAACAGCCAUCUUACAGGUGUGAUCCCAGAGGAGCUUGGAAAGCUUAUACACCUGAAGUUUCUCAGUUUUAUGGGAAAUAAUUUCACAGGAGCUGUACCACAUCAAUUGAGGAAUUUGACCAUGUGCGAACACCUGGGAUUUCGAAAGAACUCACUGCAAGGGCAUCUACCCGUGGGAUUUGCAAAUCUGUCUCGGCUUGUCAGCCUCGAUGUGGGGAACAACUUUUUCACCGGAAACCUGGUCCAAGUCAGUUCCACGUCAUGGUCUGAAUUAUCAGUGCUCUUUGCAGAUGACAAUGCAUUUACUGGAAAAUUUCCUGAGCUCCUCCUCUCUUGUCGCAACUUGGUGACGUUGGAUCUCAGCUCCAACAACUUCAGUGGUAAUCUGCCUGCGGACCUUGGGAGGCUGUCAAGUGCGAAGUCCAUCAUCAUCAAUGACAAUAUGUUUGGAGGAGAGCUCCCUGAAUCUUUAACGAACAUCAGCUUGCUCACCUCUCUUGACCUCUCCGGCAACAAGUUCACUGGUCCUUUGGAUGCGCUGGGGAAUUCAACACUCCUGAAAAUUCUGAGUCUGAGGAGCUCGGGUUUCGUCAAGAAUAGAUUCACAGGACGUCUGACGGAUGCGAUCGUGAGGUCGUGGCUGAAAAUGAGAUUUCUGGACCUCAGCUACAAUGCUAUGAGCGGAAAGAUCCCUGGAGCCUUAGGUAAUCUGACCCAACUCACAGGUUUGUUCUUAAGCGGAAACAAGUUCAAUGGAGUCAUUCCUAAAGAGUUUGGAGACCAGCAAAAGUUGAUAUAUUUGGCUUUGUCGUACAAUGAACUCACAGGAAAGAUUCCCGCUAGCUUGGCAAACCUUCAGGAUGUCAUAGAGAUGGAUCUAGGAAACAACAAGCUAACAGGCUCCAUACCCCGCCAGUUGGGCAACCUCACCAACAUAUGGUUAUUGGCACUGUCUAGUAACCAUCUGACCGGUGAGAUACCACCAGAUCUGGGGAAGCUACAGAACUUGAAAGUACUUUACCUUCGAAACAAUAAUCUCACCGGCAGCAUUCCAGUUACCCUAAACAAUUGCAGUUACUUGGUGAGGAUGAGACUGAGUUACAAUUCUCUGACAGGGCAACUGACACACAUAAAUUUUGCAGAAUUGGAAUAUCUGACCAUAUUUUCUGUCCGUGGGAACCAACUCAGUGGACUAUUUCCUGUCACGUUAUGGAAUUGUUCUGAUCUAUACUGGUUGGAUUUGAGUAAGAACCACUUGUCGGGGAUGCUGCCAAAGUUCGAUGUCCUGAAUACACAGUGGUAUGAGCCGCCAUCACAAGGGUUAUUCUUGAGUGGGUUGAAAGUGUUGAGUUUGGCAUUCAACUACUUCAGCGGCUCCAUACCUUCUUCGAUUUGGAGUCUACCCGCACUGCAAGUGCUUGACCUCUCUUCCAAUGCGCUCACCGGUGUAUUGCCUCAGGACCUCUCAGGAUUGGAAACCUACAAGCUUCCCUUGAAGAGUAAACUGGAGUCAGCAAACAACUUUCUAGAUUUGCGCUCCAUGGAAGAGAUAUCACUCAGAAGAGGAGAAAGUACUUUGGGGUACACAUACGUACUAAGAGCACUCGCGUUGUUGGAUCUUUCUGAUAAUCAACUUACUGGAGAACUCCCCAUGGAGUUGGGCACAUUGCACGGUCUUACGUACUUGUUCAUGGCCGACAACAAUUUCAACGGAUCUAUCCCCGCUGAGCUGGGAGAAAUUGUUGAUCUAACAGAGCUGGAUUUAUCGGAAAACGAGCUAUCAGGUCCUAUCCCAGUGUCAUUGAGUAAACUGCGUUUGGGUUACCUCAAUUUGUCGCUCAAUCAACUCUGUGGUCCCAUUCCUGUUGCAGAUUCUUUCGACACGCGCUUUUCUGGAUCUUUUUUGCCUGGAAACCCCAAACUUUGUGGAGAUACCAUAAACAAGCCCUGUGAAUCUUCUGCUUUUAGUUGCGGAAGUGAUCUUGAUCCUCAUCUUGUUACUAAACCGGCAGACUCGUGGAGUUUGUACUUUCAUGGUGUGUCCAUGACAGCCUUCGCAAUAGGAGCUUCAGUUGGAUUCGCGACUGUCAUCGGUAUGAUCACUUUGAUCCCAUCUUUGAGAAACAGGUUUUUAUUUGCAGAACAUCCAAAGAUGGAGCGUACUCAGUUUGACUACGGUCUCUUUGUCCGUCCUUCUUAG